AUGGCACGUAUACCAUGUCUGGUGGUCGUUGUCCGGAGUUCUACCUCCGGACAACCUUCCAUUGUCAUUCGGAUUCGCACAACCGGCGCCCCUCCCAUAGAAGGAUGGGCGAAGACAGCGCCGCUGGGCAGCAACUACCUCCCCAGCUCAUUUGCUGCAGAGAUCGCUGCGCUCAAGGAGUUAGGCCCACUGGUUAUCGGCCGAGACCCUCGAUCACCCGCAGCUAUUGACGUCGUGAUGGACCGCGCCAUGAUGGCGGGCACAGCGGCCAAGGCUGUUAUCAACAUGGCUUGUUGGGAUAUCCUAGGCAAAGCUACUGGGCUGCCGACUUCCGCUUUGCUCGGGGGAUCUCUUACUAAGAACCCGCCUGGCUUUUGUGUCAUCAACUUUGGAGAUCCAGAGACGGGCGUGAAAGAUGCUCUCGCCGAAGCCGAAAAAGGAUUCAAAUUCAUGCAAAUAAAGGCUGGAGCCGUCGACCCACUUAGCGAUGCCGGACGAGUCAAGGCCAUCCGCAAAGCUCUCCCGGAGAGUGUCACUGCCUGGGCUGAUGUAAAUGCUGGUUGGAACCUGGACCAGGCAUUGACCUACGCCCGCGCCCUCGGGCAAGAUAUUACCGUUCCUCUCGAGCAGCCUUGCCGGCUAACGUCUCACUGUGCCGAGGUCGGUCGGCGUACCGAUCUCCCUAUUGUCAUGGAUGAGGGCAUCGUGAUAAUGCUCGAUCUCAUCACAGCGCAUGCGGCCGGAGUCACGGCUAUAAAUAUUAAGCCCUCUCGCGUCGGCGGGUUCACCAAGGCGCGAACCUUGAGAGAUGCUGCUAUUGCACUUGAUAUAAAGGUGAAUAUCGAUGACACAUGGGGUUGCGCUCUUACAACUGCACAAAAUAUGCAAUUAGCUGCUUCUACACCCCCUGACCGGCUGCGUGCUGUGGAUCUCUUUACCGAAUGGAUAAGCCCAAUGAUUGCGGAUGUCCCUAGGAUGCAGUCUGAUGGUCGAGUCGACUAUACCGUUCUUCCCGGCAACGGGUUCGGUUCAGUCAAUCUCGAUAUGCUCGGAGAACCCUUGUUCCAAGUUACUGGUUGA